ACACACACACCCUUAUAUAUUUUCCCACACCUUAAAAAAAAAUCCACUCUUCGGCAACUCACGAACCCCACAUCCUCGUAACAAUGUCCGACUCCGAAACCACACCCGAAAAUUCCUCCGCGCCGCCGCACCCCGACACCGCCGUCUCCUUCAGCAUUUGGCCCCCCGCUCAGCGCACCCGCGACGCCGUCAUCAACCGCCUCGUGGAGACCCUCUCCGCCCCCUCCGUCCUCUCCAAGCGCUACGGCACUCUCUCCUCCGACGAAGCCUCCGCCGCCGCCCGCCAGAUCGAGGGCGAGGCCUUCUCCGCCGCCGCUGCCUCCGCCAACGCCUCCACCGAAGGCGUGGAGACGCUCCAGCUCUACUCCAAGGAGAUCAGCAAGCGCAUGCUCGAAACCGUCAAGGCCAGAGCUCCGCCCGGUACCGCCGCCGCAGAGGGCGUCUCCGCCGCCGUCUCCGACGACCUUUAAUGUAUGUUUUGGGAGAUUGUAGAAUUGGAGAGAUCUUAUUUUACCUUGUAAUUUGGGUGAAAAAACUGUUUCUUUUCUAUCUAACUUGGUUGUCUCUUUUGUGUGCGCCUAGGCUUUUGUUGCAUCCAAUGGUGGUAAUAACAGAAAGCAUGAGACUUAGAUACACUUCCAUGGAACUUUAGUUACUAAAAGUACUUGAGAAACUGCAUUCAAAAGUUUUGUCUUAUUUUAUUUUAUUCUCAA